CCCCCAGCGGCGAGGCCAGGCCUGGCAGCUGCUCUGUUGGCCCGUCGUCCGACCAGGCGCUGACGUUCAUGAAGGACCAUUUCCUGAUGGAGACCCCGGUGCCCCCCGCCCACGGCCGCCCGCUGCUGCUGAGCCCCAACGUCUCCUACACCCAUAUCGCUGUGCACCAAACCCGCGGCGUCGGCGGCACCCCGUACCGAGUGCUGUUCAUGGCCACCGCCGAGGGCUCGGUGCACAAGGCGGUGGAGCUGGCGGGCGGCCACGCGCUGGUGGUGGAAAGCAUCCGUGUGUUUGAGGAGCCGCAGAGCGUCAGCUGCGUCCUGCUGUCAGCCAGCAAG